AUGAUGAAUCAGCGUUUUUCUUUGGGGCUAGGCCUUUUGAUGAUGUUCUUGACUGUUUUCUCCAGUGGCUUUGCCAUAGGUAAGUUGAAAUAGCUUUCGGUAGCUUGAUUGAUCGAUGAUUGAUGAUGCAGUCGAGACAAAAUAGUGUUGAUGAAUACGAGACAUCAGUUAUUGCAUUUUAAACUAAUGCUACAAUAGGUCCGAACGGUCAAAGGAAAAGUUGAACUGAAGGUUUCUGUUGUCGCUGAUGGAUCGAACGAAUACAAAUUCCUUUGUCAGGUCAACGAGUAGGAGGUCUUACAUGUACAGUAGGAACCGUUCGAUUGCAAUAAUUUAAAGCAUAUUAUCGCCUGUCUACCUGUUUAAGCUAGAUCACUUGACAGAGAAAGGUAUGCUACGCCAAAAGUGACAAAGCAUCAAAGAUGCAACUAUAUAGUUCAAAACCACCAAAUUACUAUCAAGAUCGACAAAAUUAACAUCAAUUUGCUUGUUGUAUGUGUCAAGAUUGUAGAAUUUAAUUUCAAUUCCCACGUAUUUCAUGUCAUGUAUCAAGAGACAUGUUUUCUAAAUCAAGAUGCAUGUGUUUUAAAUCAAGAAGGGAGAUAGCCUGCAGUGCAGGCGUAUUUUGGGUGGGCGAAAUCGUAAUAUUGUUGUAGCUGCCAUCUUUGAUUUUAUGACAGUGAAAGAUUGGGGAGAGUAGAAAUAGUAACCCUUACGGUAGGUGCGAGGGCGAAAGAAGGAAAGGGGGGAGGGGAGAAAAAAUAUGCCUGCCCGAUAUCAUUGUUCUUUUGGGAAACUCCGUACGGUGGCAAACGGAGCUCCUGAUUGGUGCGGCGUAGGGAAGUAGAUUGAUGUCUAUCAAUUCACUGUAAGUCUAUAUUGUUUAUUCCGUUUCUGUCAGUCUUUUGGAGCGGCUGGGAAUGUCGCGUGUAUUACGCAAUGAGAAAGUCAAAGCUAUUUCUACACUGGUCAUCAGGACAAGAUUUGCUCGCAGUACUAAAACCUACACCACUUUUACCUCAUGCCAAAAUGCUGCUUGUUCCAUGUUUUUUUUUUCUGGCGAGCACAUUAUGCUCUAGAGGGUUCUAUGUUUUGACUGAGCAAAUGUGAUUUUAGCCGCUUGUUUCACACUGAGAGGUCAUGACACGCUUAUUGAUUUCCUGUGGUUUUUGAAUUUCUGGUCUUCAUGUUUUGCCCUCUGAUGCAAGAGCGUUUUCUUUGAGCUCUUUUGAAGCGUAAAGCUCUUUUCGUCGCUAAAUACGGCUGUUAGGUUCCUUAUUUUUGGCCAAAGUGCCUCAGGAUCUGAAUAACUAAGCAAUUUUCUUUCUAGUCCGAGAAUGUGAUGUUUUCCUGCAAUGUUGUAUCACGCUGGGCCCAGCUCGUUAGUUUUUUAAAUUGUUUGCAGGAUGUUAAACUCUCAUGGAUAGCGAUUUACAGAGAUGAAUUUAGAAGAAUGAAUUGCAGCUUAAACUGAAGCUUCAUCGGCUGUGGAGAAUUGCAUGUGACUCAGUCAAGAUAAAAACAAUGAUAAACUCCAGCUUGUUUUUCUUAAGGCAAUGCGAGUCUUUGGAACGACUCUUUGGUUGAUUUGUUAUUGUCGGCUACUCAUUUCCGGAACGGCGGUCACGCACGUCUAAUUAGGGGGUGUUUCUCAUUUUCACAAUGUUUUUGGGCAGGCGUUUUCUCUUCUCUUUCCCCGCCCCCUCCCCGCUCCCUUUGACUCGCCCCAUCUCCUGCUCUCUUCGGGAAGUUUCAACAUGGCGCUUUCACAGGCAAAUUGCGCGCUCAAAGAAAACGCCUGCACUGCAGGCUAGAAGGGAGACAACAAUUUUUGAUCAGUUUUGUUUCCGAGAGGGACUGAAACCGAGCACACAGGUUGGAAUUCAAGGUUUAAAUAAUUAAAAGUGUUGAGGGGCCUGCACGACUCCUGCAGUUCGCAAAUAGAUUGGUCUUAAAACCUUUAUAGUUUAGCUCUUACUUGAGUGUCUUUUAGGGAUUUUCCUUUGCGAUAUGAAAUGAGGGGAGGUUCCUUAAAGAUGUUUCUGACAUAUGGUUGGUUCUGUAUAAGGUGCCAUUUCCCCAUGAGUAUGUUCUUGAGGUUGGGCAACGCAGGACGGUAUUGCGUUACAAAUGGUAGUAUUUUCUUACUUGCAUUUUUGUUUCUCUUUUCUAAUGAUUUCUUUCCGUCUGCGAAAUUGACCUCUGAGAGAUGUUUUUCUACAGUUGUAGCUGGGUAAUCUAUAUUCUUGAGGCGUGUUGAAAAACUCCUUGCUUCUCCUUUGAUGAAGCCUUUUGUGACGCCUGGUGGGUGAUCGACACGAAUACAAAUUCGUGCAUUGGAAUGUUUCUGUAGGCUUGAAAUGUGUUCCCACGUCAAGAUAAAAUUGUUGUUGAAUCUGACACCUUUGUACCUUUCGUGUCCAAGAAUGUAGUCUCUAUUUCUGAUAUUUCAGCCGUGAUAGAAUUUGAUUGUAGAAUGGAAGUUGUUUGCCUGUAGAAGGAAUUCUUCUAUUUCGUUUCUGCUUGUGUCCCAUUCUGAUAUGAUGUCAUCGAUAUAAACCUUUUCCAAAAGAUGGGCUUAAUGCUACUCUGAGUCUGAGUAUUUCUUUUUCUAUUUUGGCCAUGAAGAUGUUAGCAAAGGCUACGGCCACUUUCGUGCCCAUGGCUGUUCCAUGGGUUUGAAGAUAAUCAUUCAAGUUAAAUUGGACAAGUUUUCUAGUAGUAUAAGACUAAGCAUUUCGCUUAAAAACCUGGUAGGUACUGGAGGGUUUCCUUGGUGAAAUUCUUCGUAUGCAAGGCAUACAGUGGUAAUACCCUCUCGUUCUGUUUUUUUUUUUUUUGUAUUGUGACGUCCACUGAAACAUGUAUGGCACUUUUAGGCAGUUUAAUCCCCUCGAUGAAGUUAAUAAAGUCUGUCGUAUCUUUAAGAUACGAAGCUUGUAGUUGUGCUAUUGGCUGAAUAAGGUGGUCAACUUAUGCUGAGAUCCGUUCUGUAGGUCCGGAACACCCUGAUAUAAUAGGUCCUCCAACAGGUGUCAGUUUGUGGAUUUUAGUAAGUGUGUAAAACAUGGGGAUUUGCGGAGGAUCGGGCGUAAGGGAGAGACAUUUAGCCGUCGUUUUAUCAAUGUGGCCUUCUGAGAGCAGUGUUUUAAUAAGUUGUUGAGCUUUUUUGGUUGUAGUUUCAACCAUUGGUGGUUUGUCUAGAGGUCGGUAGUUAUUUAAAUCAUCAAGCAGAACCUGACCUUCGUUUAGUUUGUCCUGUCUGCUUAUCAAUACGGUGGUGUUUACCUUUAUCAGAUUUCUUAAGAAUAAUGCUUUUGUUGCGCGAUAACUCUUUGAGACCUUGGCGCUCUCCCGUAGAUAUAAUUAUUAUCUUUUGGCUUGUCAAAUUCAGUACUUGCGAGCUCUAAUUUUACCUCCUCUAGGAAGGUCUCCAGAGCCACAGAUAGCUAGACUGGUGGUUCCUAGUCCGACUUCACGUGGAAAGGAUGAGGUUCAUUUUCCCAGUUCCCCGUGAAAAAUAUAUUGUAGUCGCAUUCGUCUCGCAAAUUGAUUGAAAUCCACGAGAAGCUAGCGCCUGAUAAGACUUUCUUUUGUCACGGGUGUAGGGAUAAACUUUAGACCACGCGAUCGUAGAGUAAUUUGCUUAUCUGUCAGUUGUUCAUUUGACAGGUUUUUGAUAUACUGUUUGCGUGACUCAAUGGCGUUAAAAAAGCGCUUUUUGUCUUUGAUUUUUCCCCGCUCUUUUCUUUUGCGGUUUUUGGCCGCUUCGUUAUCUUUGCGGUUUGCUUUCCCUUUCCCCUUACUUCUAAGGACUCUGAUAAGAGACAAGAGUAAGAUUCACUUUGUUUAUUCGCACACACUUGUGAUCUCAUUUGUUCUAACAAUACAUCGACUUCGCUAAUCCUGGUCUUCAAUUUACAUUGUUAUCUUUGUUGACAGUUUUUUUUUCUAGCCGAUGAUUGCGUUUUCUGGUGAGACGCCUGCUUAGUGUUCCUAUAUUAUUCCUUACAGUAUUCCUGCGAGAUUUAUACUGUUCGAGUUUACGACGCUUGUUUGUUAAUCGUUCUGCGCGCCUGUGGUGAUACGUAUUUCACCAGCGCUUCUACGAGAGUAUGUUCUGCUUUCUUUCUGAUCGAGCCCAUAUAUCUCGUUCUUAAAUCGCUGCCUCAGUUCUUCGUCAGGUGUUGACACGUUUGAGAUGUGUUCGAGAUGUGUUAUAAACUCCUUGUGCUGCUCGAAUGAUUCUUCUCACAAGUUCUUCGAUUCCUUCCUCCGCCAUGUCUAACGCGGGAGGGCGGGAAUGGGCAAGAAUGGGUGGGAUUCUUCAUGGAGCAGUCCAUGAAGCAUGGCAGAUUUUUCGGUUUCAGUCCCCCUCGGAAACAAAACUGAUCAAAAAUUGUCGUCUCCCUUCUUGAUUUAAAAAACAUGCAUCUUGAUUUAGAAAACGUGUCUCUUGAUAUAUGACAUGAAACACGUGGGAAUUGAAAUUAAAUUCUACAAUCUUGACACAUUCAAAAAGCAAAUUGUUGUUAAUUUUAUCGAUCUUGAUAGUGAAUUGGUGGAUUUGAAUUAUAAAGUUGCAUCUUUGAUAUUUUGUCACUUUUGGCGUGGCAUAGAAAGGCAUAUGCUGAGAUCAAAACCAAAUAUUUCAUUCUGCAAAACUCUUUGUUCUGUGUCCGUAUUUUCAUGUUAAACAGGUAUAGGUCAGCGAAAAGGCGAGAUGUCUUACAAAGACCGUUGUGAGCUCUGCAUUUUUCUUCUUUGAGUAAUACACUGAGUGAUAGGAGAUUAUACUUUUCCUUGCAAAUUUUAUACCUUUUAGACUCUGAUUUAAAUUCUUUUUUUAAUUGUUAUUUUUUAGGAAGUUAAUUAAUAUAGGGUCCACUUCUUUAACUUCGUUUUCAGGGUCUUAUUUUUGUACUUUCAUUUUUAUGAUACCUUGAAUAAAGUAUGUCUGUUAUCAUUAUUGAUAAUAAAUAUAGCCAAAACUAAAAGUGAAGCUCCCAUUCGAAUUCACUGAAUUAAUUAUAAUUUACUUCAAACAAUAAACUUGUGACCAUUGCAAAGAAAUCUGCAAAUUUAUUCUCAACUUUAGGGGAGAGCAAAAUCUUUUGAGGGAGGGGCUCAGUGAUUUUAGAGACAAAAUAAUAAUCUGCAAACAAGCUAGGAAAAAAAACAUCAUAUCAAUUUAAUAGGACGUUAUUAUUAGUCGUAUAAAAUAACACCUACCUCCCCUUUCUUUUGUAAGGUUUAAUUGGCUAGCCUUGAAAAUAUAUAAUUUUAUGCUAUAAAGGCUGGUAAGAAGAAGAAACGAUACUCCUUUGGCGGUAGUUUAUUUACAUGUCAUGAUUUAUGGGUUUUAUCUCUCUGUCUAAAGGGAAGGUCCAAAAUGAAAAAUCCAGCUGGUUUUUAUGAAUCCAGUAAGAUCUUUGUUGAGCACGUGGGGCAAUAAUGCAAGGAUAUAGUUUCGAACCCAGGCCUAAUUUAGCUAAUAAAACUUAUUCAAUUAUUUGUUUAUUUUCUUUUAUUUUUUUUAGAGCCACAUUGUUUUAAUGUGACUAAAACUGUGCAAAUUGUAUAUCGAGAUGCUCAAAAUCCAGUGUCACUUACCUUUGAUUGGGAGGAAAGGCAAAUUGAAGGUACACUUGGAGUCAUAUUCGGAGUGGUCAUGGAUAGAGCUGGUAAAUGCAUAGUGGAGAGGGCUCUGACAAUAACACUAGCCACCACUGCAAAGCAGUGUCCACCAUUCACUGAAUACGAUCUUGAAUCUUGGUGUCACAAUGAAACAGUCUCCAGUCUCAAAAAAACCAAUGGCUCUUUGGAAUUAACUGUACAAUUUUCAGUGAAGUCCAUGCUGAAGUACCUGAACAACGUGACAGUGAAUAACACUGUCUUGUUCUCAUCAAGUCUUCAGUACAAUUAUCUUAGCACAAAUCACAGUGCGUCAGACCGCACUAUCCAAGUUCAUAUAUCAGGUGGGUAUGCUAAAAUUUAUACAUAAAAGUAAAUGAUUUGUUAAUAUAAUCCUGAGUUUAUGAGCUAUAAAUUAAAUAAAAAGUUGCACAGUGUCUGAGUGAUGUUAUGCCCUCCAUCAAGCAUUGCCUUCAGCAUUGUGCAACUUUUCCUUUGUGGGAGGUGUGAUUUGUAGCAAUUUGAUUUAUAAUGAUUAGAAAUCAAAUGCAAUUAAUGCAUUCAUUGUAGGAAAACCAGUUUACAAGUGUUUAAGUGUUUCAAACAAUAAUACUCAGUAGCACAAGCUAUCCAGACAAAUUCAAAAUUUUAUCACUAUUUCAACACUUCAAUUUAUUCUGGGUUAGAUAUUAAGUUUGAAAGAAAAAAAAAUUGUGGAUACAUGUAGUUUAAUGUGAAUUGAAAUAAAAAAAACAUAUCCACCCAAAAAAACAGUGAUUAUAUAUACAUGUGCAUGUAGGGCUGUCAAAAAGUUUUCAAGUAGCAGGCUGAUAAUGAAUAGAAGGCAGCUUUAGAACUCGCACCAAAGGCACAAUUUCUUGAGUGCUGAGGCAUCUAGGGAUAUCUUGAGUCUCUGAAAUGGCAUUUCCAGUGGUUUCCAAGAGGUAUUUUUUUCCACUGCAGAUGCUAUGUUGUUUUGCCAGAAUACUCGCAACACUGGGAACAAUGCCAUAGAAAUGUCGCAGGAAUUCCACAACAUCGCAUGGUUUGAACGUUCCACAGACCUAAACCUGUUCAAUGUCAUUCAAAUUGGAACACGGAUGCUUUACAAUUUUAUUCAAUGGUGCUUAUUUUUUGUUGGCAGUUAUGGUAGAAGGAGAAAAGUAGCCGGCUAAGGAUGCCUACCUAGCCGUGGUUUGGGCCAGCUACCGGCCGUUAUUGACAGCCCUGGCGUGUAACAUGGUAAAUGCCCAAGAUUUUAGACAUUUUUGUUCUGGUUAUACACCAAAUUCAAAUAUGGCGGACCUCUCGGCCGACCCGGGUCUAGUUGCGUGAAAGCGAGGCUAGUGAGGCCUCAAGAGUUUUGUUUUGACUGUAUGUCUUAGCGAUUGAGUUGAUCGAUAUGGUUUGCUUCCAGUUGUUGCAUGCCUGAGCGCCACCAAAAAGAGGAUUUUACUUUAGUUGGAACAACCUUUACUUUCCUGAGGUCUUUUCAAAAAGAAAGUUAAGGAUUCAUGCAAUUCGGCUCGGUGAUGGGAAACACUUAACAGCAAAAACACAAGUGCGCUCGCUUCACUUUCUUUAGGAGAGAGGACUCACAAAAGUAUUUGAAUGAAAGAAUUUUCGUAAGAAAUGGUGCUGUUCUAUGAUUUUUGCAUGGUCUGUUAUUUAUCCAACAAAAGGUAAGCAUUCUCAAGAAUGGGAGCAUCCGCUGUCAACUUUAAGAUCUUUUAGAUUUCAGUCUGGAAACAGCUGCAUUAAAAUAUAACAAUAGUGACGAGUGUGAAUGAAACACAACAGGGUGGCAGGCCUGUGAAACCAUGUAAGAACCAGAAGAACACGACAUGUUUGAAGAACAGUCCUAUGAUCAAAGUGCACUGAAAAACUUAACAGAGGAACUGUGGCGAACUAAGAAAGUAAGAAGAAGGAAAAAGGUUCUGGCAGGGAAAGAGCGUGCAAGUAUUCGAGCAUUGUCAGAUUUGCCCUUGCACGUGAUCUGUUGAUUCAACUUGUCGAAGGGUUUGCUACUUUUAUGGCACUGCUCAAACUCUUGAACACAGGAUCGUGAAGAAUGUGAAAACAUUCAGCCUCAUUGUAAACAUUUCAUUCACAGAAGUCUCCCUGAGAGCUCCUAAGGAUUGCUAAGUUGUGACGGCGGAUUCACUUGUUCUCAAGAAUGUUUACAUUUCCUUGGUAAUAAGAGAAUGGAGGAAGUGAACUUGAAACAGAACCAUCUCUCAGGAAUUCUCCCAUUAAAUAGUUUCAUGAGUCUUCUCUUCUGAAGUGAAGCAAGCUCACUUUCGUUCUUUUGACUCCAUGAUUGUAAGGUACUUCCAUUUGCCAUGCCAUAUCGCUUGAAUCCAUUUCUUUCUUUGUAAAGAACCUUUUCAAAGGGAAGAUAAUCAACUUUUGUUUCUGCUGGGGUUAAAUCUCAAGGCUGCUGCCUAAGAAAAAUUUUUGGGAGCCCUUCGGCUCCUAAAAUAAAAAGUUAAGACCCCAAGCCGCGUUUCUAGGCGCCCAAUUAAAAAAGAUCAGUAACUUUAUUAACCCUUUGGUGACAGCCGGCGAGUAGCGAAAAAACUGCAUUUUUCACCAAUUCCUCUUCUUUGGACAGGUUUUUGGCUAAUUAGCAUAAAAAUGGCAAAAAAUGAGUUUUGCAAGAAAAAAGGCAUAUUUUUCGACUAAUCUGACGCAAUUAAAAAGCUUAUUUGUUUGUCACGUAUGCACAAAGGCCAAAAUUUGGUCCUUUUUUGGCGAAUCUAUUUCCAUCUUUCUCUCUCGCUCUCUUUUUUCCUUUGCCUUUUUUGUUUAUUAGCAGUUUUGUUGCCCACUUUAUCAUCCUUCUUUUGCAUAGAAUUGUGGCUGGCUGACUUUUUAGGAAAGGGGCAAAUUUAAUCUCAAAACAGUAGUAUGUAAAUGGCGAAAUUGGCAGUGGACAGUGAGUGUAACUCUGUCAGGAUUGGUCAGAAUAUCCAAAACGUUCUAUCGCUGGAAACAUUUAUCUUUGCUGACGUUGUUCCUUACCAAUUUUUACCCUGCAAGCAGGGGCCCUUGGAUCUCGCUAGGUAAGGCUUAAAGAACGUUGCAUGAUGAGACAAAACCGGAACAAUACUCGAGACAGCAUAAACACUGACCAACAACACUUGCGUGUGAAGUUUUUAGGUGAUAAGAAAGGACCAAUGAAAGGUUUUUAUCUAGAAGUUUGGAAAAUUAACUCAGUAUUUUUGUAUCAAUUCUAUCUUUUGAACUAUCAACUUUGAACUGUUUAUAUAUCUGUGAAGUUUUUAUUUACAUGCAUCGCAUGCGACUGCAUAAAUUAAACAUAGGCAUGUCUUACCUGCAUGAGCUAUUUUGAAUGCUUCAGUGAUAGGCAAUCUACUGUUUUAAUCCUAAAUUAAGGCUAUGUUUUGUGCAAAAUUGGGCAUUGCUGUACGUUAAUGAAAACGAGAACUGCUGCUCAAAGCUGAUUCGUUCCUCAUACUACUCAGGGCUCAAAGUUUAAAUUUGAGUUUGGGAGCACUUGUGCUACCAGAUGUAAAUGUUUAGGCGCACAGCUGAAAAUUUUAGGAGCACAGCUUAUAAUGUUGGGAGCAUCUAUUUCAAAAGAAAAAGUAAAAAGCUUAACAGUGCCACGUUUAUUUGUCAUCUUCAGGUUGUUACUUUUACUUCAGUUCUGUGAUUGAUAAAACACAACUGAUUUGCUACGCAGUAAUACCGUUGUGAUUUUUAAUACUUAUUUCUCUUUUUGACAGUACAGUUGUGACUAAAGAAAACUUACACUUGAAAAACAACUCAAAACUGACAACAAUGAGUGUGUCAAACGAAAAUGAAAAUUAAUCUUUAACGAAUUUGUUAAAAGCGCAAUGACUUACAUGAAACUGGAUUAUGACUUAAAAAACUUUCUUACCUGGAAAAAAAGGCUCUUAAUCCGCACUGUUUUUGUUUUGAUUGACGUUAAAACUGAAAGUACGUGUUUUGUUCGUAGCAUAUAUUUGCAUGUGUCAGCGGUGUUUAUUACAAAACAGAAGAGUCUGGGACGGAGUAAAACAUCAAAACAAAAAAGAACAUUCGAGUUCAUAGAAAUCCAUUGGGAGAAAAGACCAAUUAAACAUACACCGUCUUUCUAGUUCGAGUUGGUAAGUAUAGUCGGAAGUAAGUCAGUCGCACUGUGCCUUGGGUUUUACGGCGCACAGGUGCGAUUACACAUGAAAUUUUAGGCGCACGACCAAAAAUCCAGUCGCAUAUGCGCCAUUUAGUCGCUAACUUUGAGCCCUGCUACUGAUUCACUUUUCUUUGUCUUUCCUCCAGACAUCUGGUGGAAAAUAAACAAAUUGUUUAAGUACUAUGAAUAUCAACUCACCAAACAUAGCUUAGAGGGAAGACUCAAAGGUUUCAAGGUUUCUUCAUGGUUUUUAAAAAUAAUCAAGGUCGUCGAAGACGGAAUAGCUUAGAAAUAUCACCAUUUUCAUCAUUGUUGUAGAUGGUUGCAUCAUCAUUGUUCACAAGGUUGUCACGUGCAAUUCUACUUUAAUUAAACAGCAUUAAGUCUGACAACUUAAUUCUAAAGGUUAUAAGUUAUUGCUUCUUUAAAGAAAAGAGCCUUUGCUUAGGCACUAGUUACAAAACCGAAAGUGUCUUCAUAUGUUCAAGUUACUAUUAUUACUGUAAAAAGCAAGUCUGUAGUUUGCACGUGCAAACCACGAGGCUUAUAUUUUUCAAAGGCCCUUUUUGAGGGGCUUAAUUUUGGAGGGGCUUAUGUACGGAGGGAAAUUUACAUUUGAAAAUCUAUUUGGUUAGCCUUAUUCUAGGUAGGAAAUUUACCAUUUUUCUUUGUUUUACUUUGCAUUUGAGGGCAAUUUCCAAGUACAAGCCCCCUGGGGGGCUCAUACUUGGAGUUAACAGACGGCUUUUUGCGUUACGAGUUUGAGGGGGUUAUAUUUGGAGGGGCUUAUACAUGGAGUGGCUUAUUUUCGGAAUUUUACGGUAUUUUGUCAACUAGCUUCUUCCUUUUUUAUUCCCUGACCACUACCGUUUCGACUUAAGUUAUGCAUCUCUACUGAUAAAAUAAAAUACAUUUCCAUAACUAUAAUAACUCUUAAUCAGCAAGCAUGUAUCAUGUUCCUCACCUAAUUCAUGUUUUUUUGCCAGUACGAAAAAGGUCUGUUGAACUUUGUAUGCAAGAGAAUAAAGAUUGUUUACAGGAUUAACAAUACUCGCCUUGCCUUUCAACUUCUAAAACAACAAUUUAUAGGCCGCAAACUUCCGAAUUAAAGUCCAUAUCUAAAUUUAAGUUAUUGUUUUAUUGGAAGAACAUUGAAAAAUUAAUAUAUGAUCUUUUAUACUCUACCUUGAAGCAGGUAAAACAGAACUCGUGAAUUAUGAGGUACGUGCAUUGUACCGCCCGCGAUAGCUGAAUUAGGUCAAAUGUCUUGAAGCAGCACCCACACUAAAAUAUGGACCCAUCAACAGCUGCAUCACUGUACUCAGCAUUUGAAUCAUGAAGAUAUUUCAAUGCCAUGCUUCUAAACACCUUUAGCAGUAAUAAAAGAAGUAAAAAUUCUGAAGAAUCAAAAAUGUCUCUAAGUGCCCUUGUUUGACCUUAAGCAGUAUCAUUUUAACAGUUAGAUGCCUUGAAUUCUGAUUGGUUCUUACGUGUCAACUCAUAGUACCUUCAACCUUAUUGGCCCCUGCAACAAACAUCUGAACAUACAAAGCCACAAAGAUAUGUAUGCCCAAACCACUGACAUAUGAGCUGUUUUUUUCCAAAUAGCAGAAAAAGAGAAUGAAAUGCGAUCUUGAAUAGCCGCUUUCAAAAACUGAAAUGUUUUUGCCAGUUUUUCAAAAGUUACCACAAAACGUACAGCAAAAAAUAGGGAGUCAUAGAUAACGCUGAAUAAAGUAAUGAUACAAGAAACCUCCGAGUGUAUUGUUCGUGUUCGUAGCAAGAUAGAAAAUACUACAAAUUUGCAAAAGUUAAUAGCAUACUGAAACCACCGAUGUCACAUGUAUUGAAACCAGCUUGCUUUUCCACAGAUCGUGACUUUUUAUCAGUUUUACCUCAUACAGUAGCGACCUAACAUUUCUAACUCUGAAGGGAAAGUCAUGAUUUUAUUUUCAAGACUUUUAAGUCUAGCGCAAAUUUUGUCAUAGUGAAAUACACAACACACAAAGGGCAGGUUGUGUCAACUGCAAAAUUAUGGUAACUCACUGGAAGAAAUGUGAAAUAAGUUAUCAACCUUGCUGGGUCUUUUCACCAGAAGAACAAAAGUAUCACUUACAGUAAAGGUUACCGAGUAUCAGAUAUCUUGGGGCAUGCUAGGUUACAGACCAAAUUGGAUGACACGAAGUUCUGUUACCAGUUACUAUUAAUCAUAACUGUAACAAAAUGUUUGAUAUUUUAGGCUUUUUUAAAAUUAGAACACGAGUUUUUUGGCUAGCAGUGACAAAAAGCCAUUUAAUUGCACGAGUGCAAUGGCAUGUUCUGGGUCUCCGGUCUCCAAAAAAAUCUUUUUGACCUUCAGGCCGCAGUUUGGUCUAAAAAUAAGGGGGGGCAGGCCCCCCAGGCCCCUCCGCUGGAUCCGCCACUGCCUGCAUCCAUCAGUGAACUGACAAAAAUAAUGCCUAAGAGAAUUACUUGAAUGAAAUGUCAUAAAUCUGUCAAAAUAGUCAUGAUCAAGUUUAUAUUUAGUACAAUAUAUAUAGGAGAUAUAACUUCAAUUUUUUAUUAUUAUUACAUUUCAGUAGUACAAUAAGAAAAUAUGAAUAACUGAAUACAAUUAAAAUCUGGUUGAUAUCACUUUUUGUUAUUAGAGGGACAAGAAGAGAGGGAAAAUGCUUCAGGAGGUAAGGUUUUUGAACUUUUUCAAUUUUCAUUAAGUGAAUAUAAGGGGUGUGAAACACUGGCACUUAAUUCAGGGGCCUACUAUAAACUGCAAACCCAGCAAAUAAACCACAAUAAACUCACUCCACUUUUCAGAACAUGGAUGCCUUUGAAAUGCUCCCAUCAUAAAUAACAAAAAUGUUUUGAUGUCUUGCAUUCACUGAUGACAUUGCUAGAAGGCUUUUAGCCAGGCAAUGUUCUCUUCUUUUUUAAGAUCCUUGAUUCUGGUCAGUUUUUGCCUACUCCCUAAGCCCAUGUUUUUUCUACGAAUCACAGGUAUUUGGAAUCCAUGUCAAUCCAGUCCAUGCUGGAACAAUGCAACAUGUCAAGGAAUGGAGGGUUGGAGAUACAAUUGCACUUGCAUGGAAGGAUUCUCGGGCAAUAACUGUGAACAGGGUGAGUUAGACCUGGCAAGGUGAAGGUCAGGGUUUUUAAAGCUAUGGAGAUUCAUGUAUGUGUGUGUAUGUAUGUAUGUAUCAUUGUACAUGUAUAAUAAUAAUCAGUGAUGUUUUAACCAACUUCUCACAGGUGGAAAUCCAACUCCCGAAGUACAUCCUUCUGAAGCACAGAUCAGUAAGUAAUGUCAUGUAUAUUGUCAGAGAAAAUGUAUUUUUAGCAGCUGCAUGUUCAGUUAUCAAAGUGGGGUUGAUAACAGCUUCGAUAAUAAUUUUGAGAUAAUUGUUGGUAACUUGUCAGUAUUCUUGGCAAUAUGAGUGGUGUGGUUACAUCCUGGAGUGGCCAAUAGACAAAAAUUGAAAUCAAUAAAAAUCGUUAGCAAUUAAGUGAUUUUUAUCGAUUGAUAAUGGAAAUGGUGAAAAUUUAUCGAGGGAAAUCUGUGAAUGAAUUUCAGACAUCCCUUCGACUCGAGGGGAUGUCUGAGAUUUAGGCUGGGACUCUUUACUAAGGUUGUAUUUCUAGUGAUACUUGCCUGAGAGAACUGAAUGUAAUUAUAAAACUGAACCGUUUUUGUUAUUAUGUAUAAAAUGAAUAGUUUUAGAGAGAAGCUUGUGUGUGUAAUAGGUUCCACAUUUCUCAUUUUCAUGUUUGUUGAUCAGUUGUUACUCGUGGAUGUGUUUUAACUUUCCCAGCUGUAUUAUCUGACUCGUGCCAAGAAACAACCAUGGCGGACUUCCAUUGUAAAUCGAUAAUACAGGGCUCAAAGUUAGCGACUAAAUGGUCGCGUAUGCGACUGGAUGUUUGGUUGUGUGCCUAAAAUUUCAUGUGUAAUUGCACCUGUGCGCCAUAAAACCCAAGGCACAGUGCGACUGACUUACUUCUGACUAUACUUACGAACCCGAACUAGAAAGACGGUGUAUGUUUAAUUGGUCUUUUCUCCCAAUGGAUUCUAUGAACUCGAAUGUUCUUUUUUGUUUCGAUGUUUUACUCCAUCCCAGACUCUUCUGUUUUGUAAUAAACACCGCUGACACAUGCAAAUAUAUGCUACGAACAAAACACAUACUUUCAGUUUUAACAUCAAUCAAAACAAAAACAGUGCGGAUUAAGAGCCUUUUUUCCAGGUAAGAAAGUUUUUUAAGUCGUAUUCCAGUUACAUGUAAGUCAUUGCGCAUUUAACAAAUUCAUUAAAGAUUAAUUUUCAUUCUCGUUCAGUUUUGAAUUGUUUUUCAAGUGUAAGUUUUCUUUAGUCACAACUGUACCGUCAAAAAGAGAAAUUAGUAUUAAAAAUCACAAUGGUAUUACUGCAUAGCAAAUCAGUUGUGUUUUAUCAAUCACAGAACUGAAGUAAAAGUAACAACCUGAAGAUGACAAAUAAACGUGGCACUGUUGAGCUUUUUACUUUUUCUUUUGAAAUAGAUGCUCCCAACAUAUAAGCUGUGCUCCUAAAAUUUUCAGCUGUGCGCCCAAAAUUUCGGCAGUGCACCUAAAAAUUUACAUCUGGUAGCACAAGUGCUCCCAAACUCAAAUUUAAACUUUGAGCCCUGAUAAUAUCAAUUUGACACAGCAAUUUAGAUUAUCGAUUUUCACUGAUUUCCGUUAUCAAUCGAUAAAAAUGACUUGAUUGCUACUGAUUUUUAUCGAUACCAAUUUUUAUUGAUUGACUACUCCAACAACAGUAAUCAGCAACAGUAUCCUUCUUCAAAAGUAGGUUGAGUUUGAUCGUCCGGGUGAAAUUAAGAACCUAUUUAGCCUAAACUUCCAAUAAGUACUCCAAAGUAUAAGAAUCUAUUUUGCCAAACUUCAAAAAAUCUAGGUUUUUUUUUCGCGGUGUUUUACUGUAUUAUUAUUAUUAUUAUUGUUGUUGUUGUUGUUGCUGUUAUUAUUAUUAUUAUCAUUGUUAUUAUUGAAAAAAGUUUUACUGAUUUUUUUAGAGUUAUGUUUAAGCAAAGCAAACAAACAAGCAAACACAAACAGGUGGGAAAAAGUUUCUUAAAAUACAAAAAGGGCUGUCUGCACUCAUAAGGUAGUUGUUGUUAUGAUUAACUCUUUGAGCAGUUCAAUUUAUUUGAAGUACUGCUGUAACCAUUUCAAUUCUACUUGUAUUUUUCAGGGGGCAAGGACAUACCAAGUCAUGUUAUUGCAAUUAUUGUUAUUUCCUCCAUUGCCCUUAUCCUGUCAGUCAUUGCACUACUGUAUUGGAGACGCAACGCAAUUUACCGGAGGUUAAUAAGGAAAGAAACGCAGGGGCCAGAACUAUUUGGUGUAUAG